GAGAAGCUGCGGAAAAGCCCCUUCUUCGCAGAGUGCGACGACUCUUUCCUGACCACGCUGAUCAAGCACUUGGUGGUGGAGUUGUUUACGACCAAUGACAUCAUCAUGGAAGAGGGGGAGGUUGCAGAGAAGAUGUACUACCUCAUGCUCGGGGAAGUGGAGAUCCUCGUCGGCCACGAUCGCGUGCGAGUUGCGAAGAUUCAGGAAGGCACAGUUUUCGGUGAGAUGGCCAUGUUCAGCCAUCUCUCGAAUGGAUUCGCAAGACGAAGUGCCACCAUCCGUGCAGUGAACUUCUGCGACACUCGUGUCAUCAACAAGGACCGCUUCCAUGCGAUCUUGAAGCAGCACCCAAAUGAACGGGCACGAUUCGAACGCAUCGCGCAGGAGCGUCGGGCGAGCUUGGAGAAGACGAAGUCCAUCCUUCGACCGGAGAAAGAGCUGCGGCCAGCAGCUUCUACCAACAACGCGCAGGCGAAGCUGGAGGCUCUGAAGCAGAAGGCACUACUUGGUCGGCGCGCCUCCCUGCCGGUGAGUUGGGCGAAUCCCCGCGCCUCGGAGUCCACUGGAGCCGGUGAGUCGAAGAUACCGUCGGUGGGUUCGUUCAGAAGCGCUUCGAAGGGGCGGCAAACUCUGGACACGAGCAGGGCACUACUUCCCAGUCGUUCGUUUGUGCAGGCGGCAGCCAGCCAGGUGAGAGAGGAUAUCAGCGACCAAGAAAGCACAGGAACCAGCGAGAGCUCAGGUCUCUCUUCAGAUCCUGGUGUUGAGCCCAUGCCAGCGCAAGUGGCCCAGGACCUGGAGCCCACAAAGCCGCAGCUGGAGGGGCCUCGGCCUCGAGCCGGCUCGCUGCUGGCCGUGUUGCGGCAGGCGGUGGUUCUGGGAUCGAGCACUGCGAAGCCCAGGCCACCUCCGCUCAGCGUCCGGCGCAUUGCGAGGCGCAAGGGUGCAGGCGCCUUUCCACAGCUAACCGCCAUGCACAGUUUGCAGCCCGUGGUGCCUCAGGCCAUCCGGAGGGCUUCGGAUUGGAGUCUCACAGAGAUCAGCGCGGCAGAGCUGGGACGUGGUGAGGACUCGCCAGGGUGGAGUCCCCAGUCCUCCAGAUGCCUCAGGUCUUUCCGGAGUGAGGCCAAGACCCGAAGGCGACGGGGCUCGCGGCGAGGACCUGGGAUUGCCCAGAAAGAUGCACGGAGCGCAUGUUGCACCGCCCUCCCAGCAGAGUGUAGCUUCUGA